CCCCGCUGCGCCCCGCGCCCCACGUGCCGCCGCCGCUGCCAUGGGCGUGCUGCCGGUGCCGGCGGAGGUGCGCGCCAUCCUGCUGGACAUCGAGGGCACCACCACCCCCAUCGCCUUCGUCCAGGAGACCUUGUUCCCUUACAUCAAAAACAACGUGAAGGAGUAUCUGCGCGCUCACUGGGAGGAGGAGGAGUGCCAGCGGGAUGUCGGGCUUCUGAGGAAACAGGCUCAGGAGGACUCCAGCUUGGACGGGGCCGUGCCGAUCCCUUUGGAGAGCGGAAGCGGGGAAGAGGAGCUGGAGCGGGUCAUCCAGGCGGUCGUAGACAACGUGCACUGGCAGAUGUCUCUGGACAGGAAGACCACAGCACUGAAGCAGCUCCAGGGUCACAUGUGGAGGGCAGCCUACGCAACCGGGCAUGUCAAAGGAGAAAUCUUCGAAGACGUGGUUCCAGCCAUCCGGAAGUGGCGGGAAGCAGGGAUGAAGGUCUAUAUCUACUCCUCCGGCAGCAUUGAAGCCCAGAAGCUUCUGUUCGGAUACUCUACAGAAGGUGAUAUCCUAGAGCUCUUUGAUGGCCACUUUGAUACCAAAAUAGGCCCCAAGGUAGAAAGUGAAAGCUACAGAAGGAUUGCCGCCAGUAUUGGGUGUGCCACCAAUAACAUCCUCUUCCUGACGGAUGUCCCUCGAGAAGCCAACGCGGCUGAGGAAGCGGAUACUCACGUGGCUGUGGUGAUCAGACCAGGCAACGCAGGACUGACGGACGAUGAGAAAUCGUAUUACAGCCUCAUCUCAUCCUUCACUGAACUUUUACUGCCUUCCUCCGCUUAG